AUGGCUCCCGUGCUCCUCGAAGACGAGGCGUGCGGCACCAAGGUAGCCCUCGCGAAGGACAUCCCCGUGGCAGAGUCUGGCGCGGAGGCCUCCCUCAAGGAGGUCCCCAAGAAGGACCUGACCGCGUUCGCCAAGGCCGUGUCUGCCGCCCAGGAGCCGAGCGCUUUCGCCGACUGGACGACCCCGUCGAACCCGCGCCGCAACAACGGGCGCGAGGGUGAGGCCAAGGAGUCUCCAGAGGAGAAGCUCGCCACGGCGGGCGACGCCAACCGGACCGUCUCGGCCAAGGAGUCUCCGGGGGUGAAGCUCGCCACGGCGCCGAUCGCCUCGCACGCUUCGGGCAUCUCCGGCUGGACCAACCCGUCGAAACUGCGCCGCAAGAAGGCGCGCAAGGGCUCGUCCGCCCGGGUCGGCCGCGUCGAGAACGUCUCCCGGGUCGGCGGCAAGAACCGGUUCGGGGCCCUGCUCGGAACGAACGGCAACGAGGACGUCGGUGGCGGCGGCAAGGUGGCCCACAAGGCGCGGCCGCCCCGCGGCUCCACGCCGCCGACCACGGACUCGGGCAUGGUCGAGACGACCACAGUUCCCACGCUGGACAGCUCCGUCUCUGCCUCCGGCCGGUUCUCGUGGCCCAAGCUCUGCCCGUCCUACAACUUGCUCCGCCUCUUUGGCAUCCUCGCGCUGAUCUGCCUCGGAGCCGCGUUUGCGCACUCCUCGUACUCUGCCACUUCCGCGCUUCUCUCCUCGCAGCGGUACGACUCCCCGUGGCCGACAUCGCCUCUCGCGACCGUCGCAAAGCCGUUCACGCCGGCAUCGCCCAACGCUUUCUGCGAGGUUGGCGGCAUCGACACCAGCUCGUUUGCAGCCAUCGUGUCGUCGGAAAGCGCGCCCGCCAACCACCCGGGCGGACGCGACGAGGGGCGCUCGUGGGAAGCACUGAUGGACGAGAUCGGCGAGGCAGUGGGCGAGCCGUUGCACCUAAUUGGCGAGCCGCUGGCGUCCGUCAAGGAAAUUUACGAGAAGCAGCCGGCCGAGGCCGACUUGGAGACCGUCCCGGCCUCGCGCAACAGCAUGAAGCGCAAGGGCGAGCCUGAGAUCGACCUCGUCGGUCCCGUCUACAGCAACAGGACGGGGAUCAUCGCUCGGGGACGCGACACCGUCUUGCCCGUGAACGACACGUCGCCCGAGUUGCGGCCCGCCGACGCUGGGAAGCCUGGGAUGCUGGAGGUGCGGAAGCUGGUCGAGACUGGCCUCGGCGCGCCCGUCGCUAGCAUGCACGCCGGUGGCGAGUGGCGGGCGAACGACGGAUUGACGGACGCUUCUCGAGUCCCAACCAAGGAUCUCUUCCUCCAGCGUUGCCAGGCCAUCGAACCUCUUCUCGCGGCCACGCUUGAGGGGCCGGCGUGGCCUGCAGAGGUCCGUGCCGCUCAGAGUUCCGACUCGAACGCGGUCGAGUCAGAUAUCUUCUCGGUCUCAAGUGUGUGCGCCGACUGGCAGCCACGCUGCGCCGCCCCUGCGUGGCACGUGGAGCCUCGCCACGCGCUCCGCCACGCGCUCACCGACGAGCUCUACAAGACCGACAAGCCGCCCGCGGACCCACCGGCCGACGAUCGCUCCAUCCAGCUGCCCUCCCCGUUCCACUUUCCCUCCACGAGCGGAACCUCUUCUUCCGCGCCUGGCCGCGCCCGGCAGCGCGGUCAGCUUUUGGCCGCCUUGUUUUUGCUGCUCGGAGCGUGCUGGUGCGGCGUGCUGCUCUCGGUGCGGAGGAGCACCUCCAAGCGCCUCGUGCGGUGCCGGACGGGGUCGAGGCGCGGCGCGUGGCUGAUUCUCGUCGCACUGCUCCCGCUGGCGUAUGCACCGUCGCCCUCUCCGCCCCCACCCCCGCCUCUACCGCCGCUCCCCACCGGCUUCGUCGCCGCGUCGAGCGAGGCUAAGCUCCGCUCCCUGAUCACGGAGGCUGCUACUUCGCAAGCCAACGUCGCAAUCUACCUGCCGUCCAGGGCAGACUUCAAGCUGGUGGGCGGCGUCGUCUACGCGUCUAGCAGCGGUGCGGUCUCGAUCAUCGACUCAGAUGUGUCGGACUGCUCUGCUGGCUAUCGCGGCGGCGUCGUCUACGCUGAUGGCAACAGCGCCGGUGCGGUCUCGAUAAUCGGCUCGAACGUAUCGGGCUGCUCGGCUGGCUACCACGGCGGCGUCGUCUACGCGUCUAGCAGCGGUGCGGUCUCGAUCAUCGACUCAGAUGUGUCGGACUGCUCUGCUGGCUAUCACGAGGGCGGCGUCGUCUACGCUGAUGAGAACAGCGGUGCGGUCUCGAUAAUCGGCUCGAACGUAUCGGGCUGCUCUGCUGGCACUCGCGGCGGCGUCGUCUACGCGUAUUACAACGGUGCAGUCUCGAUAAUCGACUCCGAUGUGAGGGACUGCAGUGCUGGCGAUUACAGCGGCGUCGUCUACGCGGAGUACAGCGGUGCGGUCUCGAUAAUCGGCUCGACCGUGUCGGGCUGCUCUGCUAAUCUGUUCGGCGGCGUCGUCUACGCGGUUAUCAGUGAGUCUCUCUCCAUCGCGGGUGUCGACUUCAUCGACAACGGAGCGGGGAGGUCAGGCUCGGUGCUGUACCUGGACAAACUCCGCCAACGCACCUCGAUCAGCGACGCCUCCUUCACCGGCAACACCGCUGGCGACGACAACGACGGUGCCACGAUAGAGGCAGUCAACUCGCCGAUAAACUGGGACUGCCGCUUGGGCAGCUGGAUGCCGCGCAAGGGCUCCUUUUUUGGCGACUUCAGCGUCGGCUUCCAGCCCAAGUUCAAGAUCUUGGUCAGCUUCUACCAGAUCGCCGCGACGCUCGGCCCCGUCUACGGCGUCCGCCUCCACGAGGACUUCACGCGCUGGACCGACUUCAUGGACGCGAUCAGCCUCGACCUAAUCGGCCUUACCUAUCCGGAUGCCUGCAUCGGCUCGAUGGGAGACCGGCUCCUGCUCGCAGGCUUGUGGCCGAUCCUAUCUAUCAUGCUCGGAGGCGCCGCCCUCGCCUGCUGCGCCCUCGCGGAGUGGCUUCUGUCUGGUCGCGCCGACGCCCUCCGGCGCGACCUUGUGCGCGCUACGCUGCGUCGCCUCCUCUACUGGGCCAUCCUCGUUGCCUACCUCGUGCUGCCCUCGGUCUCCCGCUCCAUCUUCAAGGCGCGGCAGUGCGAGUCGUUUAAUGUCGACGACUUGACAGCGGAGAGGCGCAGCUACCUCGUUGCCGACCUCGACGUGCUCUGCAGCGCCGACGACGACCAGUACAGCGGCCUCGACGCGUACUUCUGGGCCUUCUUCGUGCUCUGGCCGAUCCUGUUCCCGCUAGCCUUCCUGGCGCUCCUGCUUUCGAUCCGCUCCGAGGUGCGGGCGCAGCGAGUCAGGGCCACGGCCCGCGCUUGCCGCUUCCUCUGGCGCGACUACGAUCCGCGCUUCCUCUUCUGGGAGGUCGUCGAUCUGGGCCGCAAGCUGUCCCUCGCUUCUCUGGUGCUCUUCAUCCAGACAGACACCGGGUCGAGCAAGAUCCUCCGCCUCUUCGUCGCCUCUGUUGUCUCAGCCCUCUACCUCGCCGCCCUCGCCCUCGCCCGGCCCUUCAAGCGUGACGACGACCUCUACCUCGCGUGCACCGCCAAUCUGUUUCUCGCCUGCUGCUUUACCUCCGGCACGGUGAUUCAGCUGUGCGAGAGCGCCGCCUACGAGGACAUGUGCAAGGCCCUCGUCGGCUUCGACAGCGCGCGCGGAGCGAGUGAGUUUGUGAUCGCGCUCACCGCCGCAAUGCUGGCCGCGUCGCUGCUCGUCGUCCUCUUCAAGACUAUCAGCGCCGUCCGCAUGCCCACCAUCCGCCUCUACUCCUCCGGCCGCCAUCCGGUCCUCGAGCUGUCCCCCGAGUGCCACUUCCACGGCUUCAUCUCGCACUGCUGGGGGACCGGCCAGGACCAGACGCACACCGUCGUGCGGCAGCUCCAGCUUCUCCUCCCCGGCGUCCGGAUCUGGCUCGACGUCGACAAUCUCGAGGACGUGGGCAGGCUCGAGGAGUCGGUCAGAGACGCGACGACCUUUCUCGUCUUCCUCAGCGCGGGCUACUUCAAGAGCUUCAACUGUCGCCGCGAGCUGUACGCUGCGCUAGGCUCGAACCGGCCCUUCAUCCCGAUCCAGGAGGCUGACGUCGACAAGGGCGGCGCCUCGAUCGAGGCGCUGAAGGCAGAGUGCCGCGAGCACUGCGUCGAGACCGCCCCGCCGGCCUACCCCUCCUACAGCGGGCCAGGCGAGAUGCUCGCGCGCGUGUUUGAGGCGACGAUGCCGAUUGUGUGGGUGCGGGUGAACGCCUUUCAGCUCGAGUCGCUCAAGGCUGUCGCGCUGCGCAUGCUGCUGCACUCUCCUUACUAUGCGAGCCGCCCGGCCGAGCUUGCUGGAGGAGUGAUGGUGCCCGGCCAGGCGGGCCCCGUUGCCUUCAGCGGCCCCGUCACCAUCCUCGUGUGCCGCGACAACACGGACGCCGUCGGCAUUGCAAGGGCGCUCAAGACGGCGGCGAGGGAGGGGCGCGGCUCUACCGCCAGCGCCGAGACGGUAACGAUCCGCGAUGCGGAGGAGGCGCUCGAGGGAGUCAACGCGGCCCCGCUCUCCGGGCACGUAGUGUUUCUGCUCUACCUGAACGAUAAGACCUUCCUGGACGCCGGCGGCGCCGUCGCGCGCCUCGUGCAAGCGGCGAUGGACCGACGCAUCGCCGUCGCAAUGGUCCACGAGCAGGACCCUACCUGCGGCGGCGUUCCGUUCCGCAACUUUUUCCAGCAGACGCCGCAGGUGCUGCUGCAGCAGCCGUACAAGCUCUUCGACACGGUGGCGGUGCCGCUCUACCCGGCUCCGGAGCACCGCUCGGUGAGCUUGCGCCUCGUGCUGAGCAGCAUGGGAGCGGUGCCAUGCGAUGCGGGGCCGCUCCAGCGGCGGUGGCAGCUCCUCCGCCGCCGCAUAGCGGUGGCGCGCCUCGUGCGGCGGCACCCCGCCGAGCCGCGCCAGCAGCCUGUGGUACAGCCGUAG